AUGGCAAAUACUGAUGGUAUCAGUAAUCUUGACAGUAACAGUGCCAGUGAUGAUGGUUCUGUCAAGAGUUUUUUUGCUAACUGGCCAAUGUCAACAUGUGGACUGAAUGCAAAAGGUCAAUUUGCCAUUGUCUAUAAUGGAAGUAUGUGUGUAUAUGAUGGAAUUCCUGCAGAAAAGGUGCAAGAAAUAAUGUUGAUGGCUGCUGCCACUGCUAAGUCUUCUGAAAUGAAAAUUGGAAUUCCAUUCACUUCACUCUUUUCCAGUGCCGCCCCUUCUUCUCCACAAGGAACUUCUAACAAUGUGCCUUCUCCUCCAUCAGUCUGUUUUCCUGCUGCUGACAAGAGUUCCAUUUGCAGGAUGCAAGAAUUUCCAUUAGCACGCAGACAGUCACUUCAAAGUUUUCUUGAGAAGAGAAGGAUCAGGGUACGUGGCAAAGCACCUUAUGCCUCUUCAUCAUCAAAAGCAGUUAACAACAUUGACAACAACUUCAACACAGCAUUGGUUCCUUCCACUUGA